GUCACUCAACAGUCGUUCCUGGAUGCAAAUUCAGACCAAAACUCCAGUUAACAUUCUAUGGCUUUACCCAAAUCACAUCUCAUUCUAUAAGGUCACGGCCGUGGGGCCCGAAAUUCAAUUAGAAAUCGACGGCUUUUGUCUCGCCUGUGAUUGUCAAUCCUGCACUUUAUCGUGACAUUAGUCGUUUCCCAAUUCUACAACAAACAAAAACCUCCGCUGCCAAACGCCUAAGCAAAAAUCAGUUCGCUUCUUCUUUUUCUUUUUCAUUUUUUUUUCUUUCAUUUGCCAAAAUUUCCCGAAGGAGAAUUUUGUUCAAAGUCUCUGAUUUUUUGGGAAAGUUUUGGCUACCAGAGACUUUUACAGGUGCUAUUGCCCUUCUAGGUAUCACUGCCUUCAAUGGUUCCUGUACCUGCCCAGCAGAUGGUAGAUCAAUGCAGUUGACUGCUAUAGAAGAUCAAGUGAACAUGGUUGAAGAGUGAUAGAAACCAAGUAUUUGGGAGCAUAGAAUAUGCUUCAUUGACAUUAUAAAGAUUUUACUGAAGCUGAAUUCUUUCUUUUAUCAAGUGAGCUAUAUAUAUUGACUUGUUCAAUAGCAUUAUUGUAUGAUCCUGCUCCAUGGGAUGGAGGGGAGCUUUCUGUUCUUUGUUUUUCCUUUUCACCUUGGUCGAAUCUACAAGUAGUUCAGGGAAAGUUUGGACCUUAUAUCUGGGCACAAAUUCUCUUGUAAAUGUCAGCUGGCCAAUCUUCAGUGCUAGCAUAUUUGUGCUUGUUGCUCUUGUCCUGUCCAUGUACCUUAUUUUUGAGCAUUUAGCUGCUUACAAUCUGCCAGAGGAGCAAAAGUUUCUUAUUGGACUCAUUCUGAUGGUUCCCGUCUAUUCUCUUGAAUCGUUUUUAUCUUUGUUGGAUUCAAGUGCUGCGUUCAACUGCGAAGCAAUUAGGGACUGUUACGAAGCUUUUGCAUUGUAUUGCUUUGAGAGAUAUCUGAUAGCCUGCUUAGGUGGUGAGGAAAGUACUGUUCAGUUCAUGGAAAGUAAGACCCUAAUCACUUCUAGUAUGCCUCUUUUAGAGGAGUCUUAUGCAUGUGGAUUUGUAGAGCAUCCCUUUCCACUGAACUGCUUUCUGAGGAAUUGGCAACUUGGUCCUGACUUCUAUCAUGCUGUGAAAGUGGGCAUUGUGCAAUAUAUGAUAUUGAAGAUGAUCUGUGCACUCUUAGCAAUGAUUUUUGAGGCUUUUGGGGUUUAUGGAGAAGGCAAAUUUGAGUGGAGAUAUGGCUAUCCAUACAUGGCAGUUGUUCUUAAUUUCAGUCAAAGCUGGGCCCUAUAUUGCCUUGUGCAGUUUUAUUCUGUCAUUAAAGACCAAUUAGCACCAAUUAAACCGCUGGCCAAGUUUCUGACAUUCAAGUCAAUUGUUUUCCUGACGUGGUGGCAAGGUGUUGUUGUUGCAUUUCUUUUCUCCAUGGGAGCCUUCAGAGGAUCUCUAGCUCAGGAGCUGAAAACACGUAUACAAGACUACAUCAUCUGUAUUGAGAUGGGUAUUGCAGCAGUAGUACAUCUGUAUGUCUUCCCUGCUGUGCCAUACAAGCGUGGAGAGAGAUGUGUUCGUAAUGUGUCUGUGAUGACUGACUAUGCAUCUGUAGGAUCACCUCCAGAUCCAGAAGAGGUCCAAGAUUGUGAGAGGUACAGCAGGAUAUGCCUAGCUCGGCAUGAUGAAAGAGAAAAGCGGUUGAAUUUUCCCCAGAGUGUUCGUGACGUGGUUGUUGGUAGUGGUGAAAUUAUUGUUGAUGACAUGAAGUAUACAGUUUCACAUGUUGUGGAGCCGGUUGAAAGGGGAAUUGCAAAAAUAAAUAGGACCUUCCAUCAGAUUUCUGAAAAUGUGAAACGUCAUGAGGAGCGAAAGAGGAGCUCUAAGGAUGACAAUUACCUCGUCCCCUUGAAUUCAUGGAUGAAGGAAUUUUCUGAAGCUCAUGACAACCUCCUUGAAGGCAGUGUCAGUGACAGUAGUUUGCCUAAUAGCAAGAGACCCCCUCAUCAUUCCAAAGCCACUGCAUCAAGGGCAAGGACUGACAGAUGAUGAAGAAAGGGAUGCAUUAUAUGAAUAUGGAGUAACAGUUGGCAUUUUUGAAUUCAUCAUUGCCUUUGAACAACAUCAAAUCAUCAAUGUUCUUGGUGAGUGUUAAAAUAUUCAAAUUUCUUGGUCCACUUCCUCACACAUGAUGUUUUGUUUCGACGGUGAAGACCUCAUCGACACUAAACCUUGAUUUUCUAACUGAAUGUACAGAGAAGAUACUACAGCUACAAUCAUCCAUGGAAGCUUAUUUAACUUUCUCUGUGGAGUUUAAAAAAAAAAGGUACAAAAAUUUAGGCUUUAGAUAGUCGACUAUGAAGCUUAAAGUCAUUCUCUUGUAAAUUGAAAAGUAGCACGGAUGAUGGCUUCAUUAGCCCUUACAGGAAAAUAAAAUGAACAUCAUGUCUGCCCCUUGUGUUGUGCAAUUA